AUGGCGGACCCUAAUGUUCUCAAUGUGUAUUAUGGCCCUGAUGCCCUGAGAAAAUAUUUCAACCCUGAUUGCCAGCCUCCAUUACCGCUGGUGGAAAUUCCGGAGCGCCUGAAUCCUCUUUAUAAAGACGGGGUGCGGAUAUAUGCAAAGGUCAUGGCAAUGCACCCCGCAAACAAUGUGAAGGCUAUUCCAGCGCUGAAUAUGCUAGAGUCCAAUGUUGUACCAGGUAAAACAAGUACAAUCAUCGAGUACAGCUCUGGAUCGACCGUUAUUUCGAUGUCAUUGAUCGCGAGAAUAUUCCACAAUAUCAGUGAUGUCAGAGCAUAUCUCAGCAAUAAAACGAGCAACACAAAAUUGAAACUGAUGCAAUUCUUUGGGCUCGACAUCACCCUUUUUGGAGGACCGUCGCAACCCGAGCCACUAGACGAGCGCGGCGGGAUCCAGAACGCCAAAAAAAUGGCGAUGGCUUCCGACGAUGUCGUCAACCCGAAUCAAUACGAAAAUCAAAACAAUUGGAAGGCACAUAUCCGCUGGACAGGGCCGCAGAUCCUGAAGCAACUUCCUCAAAUAAACGUGAUCUGCGCAGGCAUGGGGACUUCAGGGACAAUGACAGGACUGGGCACUUAUUUCAAGCAAGCGAAGCCUUCAGUCUUUCGGCUUGGGGUUUGCACAGCUCCGGGGGACCGAGUUCCAGGUCCAAGAUCCUAUUCUCUUCUUCUCCCCGUUGAGUUCCCGUGGAGAGAGGCUGUCGACGCAAUAGAGGAAGUUGGAUCCCUCGAAUCCUUUUCACUAUCCCUCGAUAUGUGUCGGGAGGGUCUGGUCUGUGGGCCAUCGUCGGGAUUCAACCUAGGCGGGCUUUUGCGAAUGUUAAGAAAGCGCAAGUCAGAGGGAACCUUGUCAGAGCUCGCAGGUUCUGAUGGCUUAACCCACUGCGUUUUCUUGUGUUGCGAUCUGCCAUACCAGUACAUCGACGAGUACUUCCAGAAAUUAGGGCCGGCGAAAUUCCCUGCAAUCCAUAAUGAGAAUUUGACCAAAGUCGACCUCUACCGUUAUGACGAGGCGUGGGAACUACACCCCAUGGACGUUCUUCCCCGCUUCUAUGAGCCCUUUGAAGCAGUGAAGGCUUAUUCCUGGGCCAAAAUCAAUGCGAAGGCACAGACCUAUGUAAUUGAUUUGCGGAAGACAGUCGACUAUGAGAGCGGGCAUCUCCCGGGCGCCAUGAACGUUCCGCUGAAGAGUCUGGCCGCCAAAACGCCCAGUCCAUUCGCUGAGCCGAAAGUGCUGGAAGCACAAUGGUUGGAACUUGAAAGCGUCUUCGAGCGGGUAAAGGAUUCUGCGAACCUCAAUGAACAGCGUGUUCUUGUGCUGUGUUAUAAUGGAGACACAUCGCGUGUUGCAACCAGCGUUUUGCGAGCAAAGGGCGUGGAAGCAGACUGCAUUCGCGGUGGUUAUCGAGCCCUUGGAGUUGCGACGACAGAGCUGCCGGGGUGCUUGGGAACGAGACUAAGUACGCUUGUGCCGCAGCAGGAUAUUUUGGUGUAA